UUUCUCAGAUGAAAAAAAUAUCAUCAAUAGAUAUCCAAGUCAACAGAACUCUGGUUGUGUUUUAGAGAUUGCCUCCCUUUUGAGUGGGAAGUUGGCUUUACAGUUGCCGAAGUUACAGAGCUUGUGAGGAAAAAAAGAAAAAGGAAAAGAAAAUCUUUUAGGUAUACAGAAUUUGGUGGUGUAGUUCCUUAUAGACCUGUUGAAGACUUGGCAUUUUCAGUUACUAGGUUUAUACAAAAUAAUGUUUCACUCAUGAAUUAUUAUAUGUACCAUGGCGGAACAAAUUUUGGGCGGACAGUUGCUGGUCUCUUCAUUGCCAUUAGCUACGACUAUGAUGCUCCGAUUGAUGAAUAUGGAUUACUAAGAGAACCAAAAUGGGGGCAUUUGACAAAUUUGCAUAAAGCUAUCAAGCAAUGUGAACCAGUUUUGGUUUCCUCGUAUCCUGCAGUGACUUGGCCUGGCAAUAAUCUAGAGGUAGAUUAAGCAAAAGCUAUCAGGUAAAUGACUUGGCCUGGCAAAAUAUACUGUGGUUUUCAACAUUUGUCACUUUUUUGACAAUUGAAACUCGCUCUUUUUCAUCAACGGCCAA